AUGAUCUUGUUAUCACAUUUUCUCAUAGAAUCGAGAUAAGAGACGUUCUGUCAGAUAAAAAAAUGUAAUAAAAAUAUUUGUAUCUCAAUUUGUGUUUUAUUAUAAUUACAGUUUUUCAAAUGGUUACACUCGUGUUUAUAUAUUUUACUCAGUUUUUUUGAAAAUUACGUUUGUUAUUUAAAAUAAAAUAUGAAAGAAUUAUGGAUUAUAACUAUAGCCUGUGUACAGGCAUUACUCGCCCAAUUCAACCCAACUCUUCCAAAUGGAUAUAGCUUCACACAAAACUCACCAGGAAACAAUUUUCUUGCAUCACAGCGAAACAAUGGAGUUCAGAUAAAUAAUGGAAUGAAUCGUUUACAAGUUGGUAAUCUACCUAUAAACCAAUUGCCAAAUGUUUCGCCAAAUAUGCCAGUGAAUUUGGCAAAUAAUUUGCCAACGAAUAUACCAAUCAAUUUACCCAAUGUAUAUUCAAACAAUGUUCAAAAUAAUUUACAAAUUGCAAAUAGAUUACCGAACUUGCCUGUACCGAACAGACUGGCGAAUUUUCAACAACAAAAUUAUCCGAUAGCAAAUUAUGGAAAUUUCGUACAAAACGUUCCUUUGCAAAAUAAUUAUGCACUCAAUAAUUUACCAAACAAUAUACAGCUGAGUAAUUUACCCAUCGGGAAUUUUCCGAUAGGCAAUAAUUAUCAAAUAAACAAUUUACCUGUUCCUAAUUUACCACUUAAUAAUAAUUUACCAAAUAAUCUUAAUCUUUUACUAAACAAUUACGCUUCAGCUAAUAUGCCACAGUCAUACAAUAUAGGGUUUUCAAACAUACCAGGAUUAAAUAAUUUAGUACUUAACAAUUUGGCAAAUACUAAUGUACGAAUUCCUAAUAAUAACCAAGUGUCAUUGUUAAAUAAUGCUCAGUUAUAUAGUAAUGCUCAAACAAAUAAUUUACCAUACGCCAAUAAUUUAAUAUCAGCGAAUUAUCUCCAAGCGAAUCCUGCUAACAAUUUACAAAUUGGCAACGUGCCUGUAAAUUUUAACUUGCCUAACAAUUAUCCAAUAAAUUAUAAUUUAGCAAAUACAAAUCCCAAUUCAGUAGCAAAUGUAAAUAAUUUACAAACAAAUAAUUUACAGUUGGCCAAUAUGCCAAUAACCAACAACGCUCAAAUGAAUGGCUUGCCAGUAAAUAAUUUAUACAAUUUCAAUGCUCCAAACAAUUUGAUGACAAACAUUGGCCAAACAUUACCAACAUCUUUGAUCCAACCAAAUCAAAAUCUGCUUCAAAAUCCAAAUAGUGUAAGUUUUGGUAAUGACUGUGGAUGCAAAGCGAACGCCAUGUUUUUAUUAGACGACAAUGUUGCCAAUUCUUUGCCAACUACGCCAGUCGUAUCGUUGAGUGGCAUGCAACUUAGCCAACUUGGGAAAACGCCAUUGUUCAACGGGUUGCCAGUGAUUGGCUUGACAGAAAGUAUUGUAAAUUUGAAGCCACUUUAGUAGCAGGUAUUGUAAAAUGCACUAAGAAAAUACAAUGAAAACAGUAUUUACAACAAAUAUGAUUGCUUAGCAGCAGAAUAAACAUACAUACAUAAAAUCACGCCUCUUUCCCGGAGGGGUAGGCAGAGACUACAUCUUUCCACUUGCCAUGAUCUCUGCAUAUUUCCUUGACUUCAUUCACAUUCAAAACUCUCUUCAUGCAAGCUCCUCGGUUUCGGGUACUUUUGAGCAGACCCUUUGCCCGGACGUCCUUAAUUAAUAAAGAAUAAAGGUUCGAAAAAUAUGGACAUUUUGGACAUGACAUUACCUUUUUAAAAUUAUAUUAUAAUAUAAAUAUAAUUUGUUAUUACGUUUGAUACGUUGUUGGAAAGAAUAAAUGUUUUAUAUUUUUGUUUAUUUGCAGUUUCAUUUCUGUCUUCAUGUCAUUUAUCCCUUGCUACUUUAAAAUUCACUGAUUAUUAUGACAUGAUGGCCAGCAAGAAAAUUAAGUUAACUAAUGUGUUUUAUUUAUUGAAACUGUGCGCAUAACAAAGGUAGUAAGUAAUAUGAAAACAAUAUAAUCCAAAAAAAAUAUGCCCGUGACUUCGUCCGCAUGGAAACCCUGUUUGGAAUCAAUCCCGCGGGAACUCUGGGAUAAAAAGUAGCCUAUGUGUUAUUUUGGUUCUUCAGCUACUCACACACCAAAUUUCAUCGUAAUCGGUUCAGUAGUUUUUUCGUGAAAUAGUAACAAACAUCCGUACUGAAAUCCUGACAUACUCAAAAACUUUCGCAUUUAUAAUAUUAGUAGGAUAUCUUUUAUUUUAAUCUUAGCACUAUAAACAUUUCCCGAUUUUUAUAUUUAGUAAUAUCUAUC